AAUUUAGGCUAAAUUUUUGUAGCCAUUUAGCACUAUUCUACUUUAAUUAAACAUUUAAAUACACGUAGAUGAAUUAUUUAUAUUAUACUCACAUUUUCAAUUCAAAUUUUAAAUUUUAGGUUAUAAAGCUUGUUUCCUUUUUAAACUAUAAUCCAUGUACUUAUCAGAUUAGAUCCAUAAUAUAUUAGAGAUUAAACUAAUCUUUAGCUUAAUUAGCAGAAAAGUUAGAUUAAAAGCGGACUCUUAUGAAUUUACCAAACUAUAGACACAAGAAGAGAAAUCGCGAGAAAGAAAUUAAACUGAACAAAAAUUCCUCAAAAAGAAUGGCAGCCACUUCGAAUUUGACAAAUAACUUGAGCAUUUUUUCCGUCUCCAAUUCCUAUUUCCCUGGAACUGGAACUCAAAUGCUUUUGCAUCACAAUUGCAGUUUUCGAAGAAUCAAUUUGCACAAAUUUGGGUCAAGAAUAGAAAACAAUGGACCUAGGAAAACGGGUCGGGUUCAGACUCGAGCUAUGUCGGGUUCAUUCGGGUCCCGAUUGGAGGAGAGUGUGAAGAAGACUAUUACUGAAAAUCCAGUUGUUGUUUACUCCAAAAGUUGGUGUUCGUACUCAACCGAGGUGAAGGUUUUGUUCAAGAGACUUGGUGUAGAUCCUCUUGUUAUUGAAUUGGACGAAAUGGGUCCCCAAGGACCACAGCUGCAGAAAGUGCUGGAAAGGCUUACUGGACAACAUACAGUUCCCAAUGUGUUCAUUGGGGCCAAACACAUUGGUGGCUGUACAGAUACUAUUAAGCUGUAUCGGAAAGGAGAACUUGAAUCUUUGCUAUCAGAAGCUAAUUCUGGAAAAACAGAAAGCUAGGACAUCUUGAGCUAUCCAUGCCAAAGAGAUCCUAUCUCAUGCCGUCCUUGUACGCAUUAUUCUUCCAGAUUUCUUUGACAUAUUCACAUAUCAUUAUGUUGUUCCUUUACAAGUUUAUCUUGCUUCUGAUUGUAAACUCAAUGUUGAAGCAGGUAGCUAUGUUGAUAUAACUUCAUUCAUGAGUUUAUAACUGAAUUUUCUUCCUUCCUCAAAGAUUAGUUUUGUACUUUGCAAUUUUGACCCGAACUUACGCUUCUCUUAUUUCUGAGAAACCAUAUCAAUUGAAAACAAGAAUUUGGUGA